UAAUUCAGAGGGUCAAUCAUAUAAAUUCAAAGAUAAAGCUAGCCAACAGCUAAAUAAAGGUACAUAGUUAUCUGUGACUCUAAUAACCUCUCAAUAAUAUCAUCUCUCUCACUCCAUUUACUGGUCAUGGCUACUCAAGGUCAAGUCAUCACAUGCAAAGCCGCGGUGGCCUGGGAACCCAAUAAGCCAUUGGUGAUAGAGGAUGUUCAGGUGGCUCCGCCGCAGGCUGGUGAAGUCCGAAUCAAGAUACUCUUCACUGCUCUGUGCCACACUGAUGCUUACACCUGGGGUGGCAAGGAUCCUGAGGGUCUCUUCCCGUGUAUCCUUGGCCAUGAGGCUGCUGGGAUUGUGGAGAGUGUUGGUGAAGGUGUGACCGAAGUUCAACCUGGAGAUCACGUUAUCCCUUGUUACCAGGCUGAAUGCGGAGAGUGCAAGUUUUGUAAAUCAGGAAAGACAAAUCUCUGUGGUAAGGUUCGGGGUGCUACUGGUGUUGGAGUCAUGAUGAAUGAUAAAAAGAGCCGUUUCUCAAUAAACGGAAAGCCUCUUUAUCAUUUCAUGGGAACCUCUACAUUUAGCCAGUACACAGUUGUACAUGAUGUUAGUGUUGCAAAGAUUGAUCCACAAGCACCUUUGGAUAAAGUGUGCCUUCUUGGCUGUGGUGUUCCUACUGGCCUUGGAGCAGUUUGGAACACUGCAAAAGUAGAACCUGGGUCUAUUGUUGCUAUUUUUGGCCUUGGAACUGUUGGCCUUGCUGUUGCUGAGGGUGCAAAAGCAGCUGGAGCUUCACGUGUAAUUGGCAUUGAUAUUGACAACAAAAAGUUUGAUACAGCAAAAAAGUUUGGAGUCACUGAAUUUAUAAAUCCAAAGGACCAUGAUAAACCAAUUCAGCAGGUCAUUGUUGAUCUCACUGAUGGUGGUGUUGACUAUAGCUUUGAGUGUAUUGGAAAUGUCUCUGUGAUGAGGGCUGCUUUGGAGUGCUGUCACAAGGGCUGGGGAACAUCAGUUAUUGUGGGUGUUGCAGCAUCAGGGCAAGAGAUAUCAACCCGGCCCUUCCAGUUGGUGACUGGUCGUGUUUGGAAAGGAACAGCUUUUGGUGGUUUCAAGAGCCGUUCACAAGUGCCUUGGCUUGUAGAAAAGUACAUGAAGAAGGAAAUCAAGGUUGAUGAGUACAUAACUCACAGUAUGAGUCUUGGGGAGAUCAAUGAAGCAUUUCACUUGAUGCACGAAGGGGGCUGUCUCCGUUGUGUGCUUAAGAUGUAUGACUGAAAUGACCUAUUAUAUUAGCCCUGCAUCAAGUUCUUAUAAUAUAUGGACAUAUCUUGUUGCUGCUAUUAAGGGCUACAUGGAAAUUGCAUCCCCUCGUAAGUGGAAACUGGAAACUAGACUGUUUGAAGAAAAGUACUGUUAUGUCUCUGUUAUGAUCUUGAAGAAGGUUUGCUUUAAACUUUUAAACAUGUGUUGCGGCUAAACGCUUCCAAAAGACUUGCAUUAUGGUAAUAAUGAUAAUCUCAAGUGUGUUCCAAUGUUUUGGGUGCUGACUCUAUCAAAUAUUUUUCAAUAAUCUA